AUGGACGAGGUCCGCUCGAUUCGAGCCGCGGUCAAGUCCCUCGCGCCCGUCGUCGGCGCGCCCUCCGCGACGGCGCCGCCUUCGCCCAUCAAGGACGGGCCCAACGAGACGGAGGAGGCGAAGGAGGCCAUCACCGCCGCACUCCGGACCGAGUUGGACGCCCUGAAGCGGAGGGUGGAGAACCUCGCGGGUAUCGCGUCGACGUCCAAAUCCGCCGAGGCAGCCGCGAACGAGGCUUCGAAGAUGGCCAAAUCGUCGAUGCGGGCCGUGGAGAACAUCGAGGGCGAGAUGAAGAAGCUCGCGGUCAAGGCGGACGACGCCAUCGCGUCCGCGGCGAGCGCGCUAGCCGCCGCCGCCGCCGCCGCGGAAGACGCCGCCGCCGCCGCCGAGAGCGCGGACACCGCCGACCAACCAAAAACCGACGGUUCUUCGAUCGCCCUGUCCGUCGACGACGUCGCCGCGAGGGUCGACGCGCUUCAACACGAGCUCAAGGAGACCGCGGUGAUCGUCCAGACCAACGCCGAGGGUAUCGCCUUCCUCGGGCAGCAGACUAUGCACACCGCUAAGAAGGACGACGUGGAGGAACUGAGAGCGUCGGUGAACAAAACGGCGGAGCGCGCCAGGAAGGAGACGGAUGCGCUCAAAGCCGCGACGCAGGCCUCGCUGGAGGAGCUCGAGGGACGGACGAAGAAACUCGAGCGCGGCGCGAGGCGACAGAGCGAGAACCGCGAGGCGACCCCGUCGGCGCCCGCACCCGCCGUCGAGACGGUGUCGCCGCAGGCGGUGUCCGCUCUGGAGAAACGCAUGGCCGCGCUCGAGGCUUCAACCGCGGCGACGCCCCUUUCCUCGGAGGCGAAGGACGUCGCGGCUGGAGGCGACGUGAAGGAGCGCGUCGAAAAGUUCGAGUCCGUCGCGAGCGAGCUCACCGCCAGGGUGGAGCGGCUGCAGGAAGCCGUCGGGGUCGAGAUGCUCGCGCACAUGAAACGCUUGGACGCAAAGCUCAAAACCGUGGAACAAUCCUUGGGCGAAGUGAAACAGCAGGGCACGCCCACGAACGCCGCCGCCAAGCACGAGUCCGGCAAACCCGGUAAGCUCGACAGGGCGAACGCCGCGAGGCUCGCGAGCGCGGAGAAGACCGCCGCGGAGUCGCGAUCCACCGCGGAAGACGCGGCGGAAAAGGCAAAGCUCGCGUCGGAAAAGGCCAAAGCCGCCCUCGCCGCCGUCGCCGAGCACGCCGCGACGACGGAGCGCGUCAAGGAGGCGGAGGCGAAGAUGAGGGAACUCGCCGGCGAGAUCGAAAAGUUCCGCGCGGACGUGGCGGAGAUGGAGAUGAGCUCCGCCACGAACACGGCGGACGUCGUGGCGAUCGAGGGGGAGUGGGCCAGCGCCAGGAGGCACCUGAAGGAUCUCGAGCAGAGCGUGUGGAAGAGCAUGGUGAUGAUUCGCGAGGAGGCCGGGGUGGGUACGCCGUCGUCGGAUGCCGGCGCGGCGACCCCGGCGACCCCGGCGACCGCGCCCGCGGUGACCGCCGGCACGCCGCUGGGGGGAUCGACGGGACGGACGCCGGAGACGCCCAUGUCGAGUUUCAGGGCGCUGUUCUCGCGCGGUCGAAGGACGUCGACGGUGCCGAGGUCAACCGAGUCGGAUUCCGCUCGGCGGCUGCGCGCCAGGCGAACCGAAUCGCCGGAGCGUCGCGACGUGGCGAGAAGCGAGGCGGUGAUCGAGGCGCUGGACAUGGGUUCGCCGACGCGGCCCGCGCGUCGGUCGGCUAAUCGCGAGAGGUGACGGAUGGGUGGCUCGAACCUUUUUAUUACGAAGGUAAAAAAUGUGCGAAUGCGCUAACUUUU